UGGCGACCUGCACACAGCAGGGCUUGGAGCUGGAUGAGUGCUGUGCUCCUUUGCAACCCAGGCCGUUCUAUGAUUCAGGCACACCGUCCUUCAUUCAAAGCAUCAGCAGCGGAGCUGCCUGGGCAGGGGGUCCUACUGUGUCCUCACCUCCAUGGCUGCAGCUGCGUCCUUAAAGUUUGCAUCCCACAGUAAAGGAAUCCAGGCAGAGCAGCAAACCCUGAGGUGAUCACAUGGUUUGACAUCACUCUUUGCUGCUCUAUGGCAGCAGCACCAGGCACUGAGCAGGACCCUGCCCCACGUUUCUCAGCAGCAGCUCUUUGGGCUGCAGCCUGAGGUCACGCUGCAGGAUGUGACCCUGUGUUGCCCUUGGUCUGUUGAUAAUUGGCUUCAACGGGGAUUGUCUGCAAGGAGGAUUUGUCGUAGAGCCCGAGGUGAGGGAGGAAGCUGGCACUCAGCAUCAUGGCCCUUUGUCCCUUGUCCCCAGGUGGAGGGGAGGCGGUGUGGAUGGGAGAGAUUUGGGCCACACGCAGCAGAGUGAUGAUUUGGGGUUGAAGUAAAGACAUGUGCAGUGCUGGGGACUGCAACUCUGUGCACCACAGCCUGAGGCACGUAGGACAAACAGCAGUGCCUCAGAGCUGGAGUGCACCUGGCUGAUGCUGGGGCAUUGAGCCAAGGGCAAGCUGCCAGGCUCGAUAACUGGCCUCACCUGACCUGUCUGAGUUGUUGAGCAUUGUUUUUAUCAUGCAAGCUGAAGGCUGUGGUCCUGCAGCUUCCUUGAGGUGUGGUGUUGGCUGUGCUGUGCUCACAGUGCCCCAUCUGGGGCAGCAUGGUGCCGUGUCAGCACAGCAGCUCUGAGCUCGGCUGAGGAAGGAUCUGGAUGGCUCUGCCCGGCAGAAAUGCAGUCGCGUGUCUCCCAGCCUCGUGGUGCAGAGCUAGAAUCGUGUCCCAUGCAGCUGAUGCUGCUUUCUACCUCUGGCGCCUUCAUCCAGCACUCAGACUGCUGUGAAACACCGGCUGUGCCCAGGUCCGUCAGCAUGCUCCAGGUACCGCUGCCCCUGGAUCGUGAUGGUAUCCUGUUCCGGCUCCGUUUCACCACUCUGGCUGUUUGGACUGUGUUUUGCCCCUUGUUUGGUUUCCUUUUCUGCGUGAUUUGGUCUCUGCUCUUCCACUUCAAGGAGACAACAGCCACGCACUGCGGGGUCCCAAACUACCUGCCCUCCAUCAGUGCUGCCAUCGGAGGAGAGACCCCACAGCGCUACGUCUGGAGGCUCUGCAUUGGUCUGCACUCAGCUCCACGUUUCCUGGUGGCUGUUGCCUACUGGAACCACUACCAGAGCUGCCACUGCUCCCACCCUCGCUACCUGCGCCUGUGCCACCUCAACCUGCUGCUCAACCUGCUCGAGAACUUUGCUCUCCUCGUGCUGACCUAUGUGUCCUCCUCAGAGAACUAUGGUACGUGGCUCCCUGCAACUCUGCAUCAACCCCUGCAUGCUCAGCUUGUUUGUGGAAGCUGAGCUCUGUAAAAGUUAGGAUUUAUAUUAUAGAAUGAUAG